AUGUUGUUCGUAUCAAAGUUUCUCUAUGCAGUGCUGUUCCUCAUUUUCAUCGUAAAAAUAUCGUAUGCCUUGAAAUACCAGUUUAUUCCUGAAGAUGACGAGUUCUUUGGUGAUUGUUCUAAUCAACCAAAUAAUGUUCUUAAUAUUUAUGGAGUGCUUGAUACCUCCGAGUUCACAGUUUCUCGCCAGGACGAUAUAAUUUAUAUGUCUGGCAAUGCUACCUAUAAAUGGAAUAUUCAACCAGGGGAUCGCAUUGAGAUGAGCUUUCAGCUAUUUAAAUUUGAUCGUAUAGCCUGGGUGCAAACACUAUUCGGUAUGACAGUUCGUAACAUGUGUGCUGUUUUAUAUGAUGAGCCUCAGUACUGGUAUAAGUAUUGGACAAAAUAUAUAACCAAUAAAGAAGACGUGAAGGACAAAUGCAUGUACCCUGGAACCAAAAUAAUUCACGAACCCUUUUCUCUGAAUUUGAUAUUCGAUUUUACUGGAUUGCCUUUAAGUGGACGACAUAAAGUUAUUUGCACAAUUAGAGCAUUUAACGCAAAUAAUGUGGAGCGAGAAACUAGCAUCUGUAUCGAAGUAGAGGGACACUUUGAAAGACUUAAUUAA